CCCGACAAUACACGUCCAGAUUACGAGGGUGAGCUACUCGUCGCAUUGGGUAUUAUCAAGCAUUGUCCAUGGGCGAAGCCAUCGAGGUGAUCCGGGAGACAUGUGAAGUAAUGAUAUUCCCUCUCAAUCACCUGGUUGUCGUCGUCGUCGUCGUGGUCGUCGUCGUCGUCGUGGUCGGGCUAACGAUGAUGGUGAUGUCGUUCGUCGAGUAUUUAGUGGGAAUGCAAUCAACUUACUCACUCACUCGAAGAGCCGUGCAAUGAUCCGGGUGAUGUAUUGAUUAACUAUUGGUUGUUCCUCUGGCGGGAAAUUAGCUUUCUACUAGUUCUGCUCCUUUUUCCUUGGAUGAUUUCGUAUGCUCCCUGAGAUUAUCUAGCAUUGAUUAAACAGCACACGAACAUUAGCCGUGUCACAAGCUUACUCAGGACUCACUAAUGAGCAUAAAAAGACCGGAUUAGCCGUUGUGAUGGAGUCUCAUAUGUUGUGUCAUUUCGCGCAUAAUUUUGGCCAAGAUCGCACAAUCCAAUCACACAACGUAAAAAGACUCAAAGAAUGCCACGAAAAGUAUUCAAAGACGUACGACCUCCAUUUUGCCAACGAGUUGUCAGCGGCUUACAUUCCACCCGCGAAUGCCUACAAUCUAAUGGAUUUUGGAAAAGCCAUGGCCUCCACGACUACAGCCAUGAAAACAUUUCUUCAAGCCCUCCCAAGAGACCAGAAUACCAAACAAACUUCCUCUGGUACCUAUGUCAACGAGCGUAUGGCGUUCCAUUCCACAUUUGAUGCACUAAUGAAAAGCCUGAGCUUUGUUGGUUACUUGGAUGCCGUUUAAAACGAGGAUUCUUAAUAGUUCUACUAAUUAGUUGUGUCGUGGCCUCAGGGGAAAGGUGACCUUUUGACUAACGAACCUUUUAAAAGAUGACAUGUUCUCCAGAUAUUGGUGGUGGGUUGAACCAAGAACCAAUGGAAUAGGUCAGAGGUUGGUUUAUGGUUGAACCAAGGAGUCCUUGAUUGAACAUCCUCGAGAUCCUCAACAACAGAUGUUUUCCUGAUUUCCUCAAAUGUUUUGGACCACAGAGAUCCACGCUAGAAUUGUUGCAAAAAAUAAAUAGGCAAUU